AAAGUGUCCUACUCUAUUUAUUUGUUUCCUUUUUAACUGUGUGGAUGAACAUUAUUUUUAAUGCACAUUUUACUUUUAAAGGCAAUAAUCCAAUGGUUGUUAAAUAAUUUCAAUGUCCUCUUGUAUCUGAAUAUGCAAUACCCAACAUCGAUAUCACCCCAAACAUUUAAGAUCGAAAUUUCAGGAGGAAACACGUAUACUUUAUAAAAUGAAACUCAGGAAAGUCUCAUCAAACCUUUUCAGAGUGAUAGUUCAAACUUUAUUUUUGAUAUUGAGUCAUAAAUAUGUCAUAGCCACUGGACCUGAGGCAUCCUCGGGAGCUGUUGAAGGUCAUCCGAAGAAAACCGCUGCAGAAAUAAAAGACAUUUUGGUAAAAUCAAAAAUCAUUCCAGACGUCAUCACCCUCCCAGCAUCUCAUGUAGUAGAGGUAGCCUAUGGAGAAUCAAUCGUGAACUUUGGUAACAAUUUAACAAAAGCGCAAGUCGCCAAAGAGCCUACAUAUUUACGAUGGCCGACCGAUAAGGACGCUUUUUACACAAUCAUUUUGUCAGACGCAGACUACCCUAGACCAGCCAAGCCGACUCUGAGAGAAUAUUUUCAUUGGCUCGUUGUAAACAUCCCUGGUUGUGACAUCCAUAAGGGAGAAGUCCUUGGAGAAUACUUAGGAAAUCAAGCUGCACGUUUCACAGGAUAUCAUCGCUUUGUCUUCACAGUUUACAGACAGCCGGGAAAAACCAAAUUUGAUGAGCAUCCAAGACCCGCUGUACCUCUUGAGUCUUAUCGAGGGCGAUUCUCGACCGAUGAGUUUGGAAGGAAAUACAAGUUUGGAGAUCCGCAUGCUGUUAAUUUCUUCAUUUCCAAAUGGAGUAACUUAGAUGGAUCAGAAUUCGUUCCAAUUUCCCAUUAUGGCAGAGACGAGGAUGCUGAAUACGAGGCGGGAAAAGAUAAUGAAGAGUUAAUUUGACGACCGCGAUUGGAUGGCCUCCUUCAUUUCCGGGUCUUGUUUAGUGCGAUUCGUCUCUGCGGAUUGGUGAGGCGUGAAGAAUCUAGUAUCGCUAUUUCUUCAUUUGGAGCUCCGGUAAAGAAGCCAUUAUUAAGGUGUUCGUUGCGAACACCCAGCUGCUUAUCGAUCCUUUUCCAUAGAUUUAAAUGAUAGAUCAAUCAAUAUAUCGCAAAACACGCCACGCUAUAUAUUGUUGCUGCGCAUAGUAACGAAUCACGCUAUACAAGACUUGUUAAUGGAGAGAUCUACUAAACACAUUUCUUACGACUUAAGUGGGAUGCUUAGUAAUAAUCUGUAAUAAAACAGGACCUUUCAUCCGAAUCAAUA